UACCAACACGCCCGGCAAGAGGUCAACCGGGUUCGUCUCUCCGGAUUUAGGGUUCAAGCUGCAGAAACCCUAAGUUGUAAUGGAGAACAAGGAAUUUCAGGUCUACAAUACCAUGACUAAACAGAAGGAAAUCUUCAAGCCCAAGGAGCCCGGUAAGGUGGGCAUGUACGUUUGUGGCAUCACCGCCUACGAUUACAGCCACAUUGGCCACGCUCGUGUUUAUGUCGCCUUCGAUGUCCUCUACAGAUACCUGAAAUAUCUGGGAUAUGAAGUCAAUUAUGUGCGGAACUUUACUGAUGUUGAUGACAAGAUAAUUCGUAGAGCAAAUGAACUGAACGAAGAUCCAAUAAGUUUGAGUGGUCGGUUCUGCGAGGAAUUUCUUAGCGACAUGGAUGAUCUAGGAUGCAUACGUCCUACAAAACAACCUCGUGUUUCCGAUCAUAUGGACCAGAUUAGGGCAAUGAUAGCUAAGCUUAUUGAAAAGGACCAUGCCUACACUGUUGAUGGAGACGUAUACUUCUCAGUUGACAAUUUUCCUGAUUAUGGCCGGUUGUCUGGACGGAAACUAGAAGAUAAUCGAGCUGGUGAACGGGUUGCCAUUGAUUCAAGAAAGCGAAACCCUGCUGACUUUGCAUUGUGGAAGGCUGCAAAACAUGGUGAACCAAGUUGGGAAAGUCCAUGGGGCCCUGGAAGACCCGGAUGGCAUAUAGAAUGCAGUGCCAUGAGUGCUCAUUACCUUACUUCCUCCUUUGAUAUUCAUGGUGGAGGGAUGGAUUUGACAUUUCCACAUCAUGAAAAUGAGAUUGCCCAAAGCUGUGCUGCCUGCUCGAGCAGCAAGGUGGGAUAUUGGAUGCAUAAUGGUUUUGUGACACAGAACGAUGAGAAAAUGUCCAAGUCACUGGGUAACUUUUUCACAAUUCGUGAGGUCACCAAGCAAUACCACCCAUUGGCUUUGAGAUAUUUCUUGAUGAGCACGCACUAUCGUUCUAAUGUCAAUUAUUCGAUUUCGCAACUCGAUAAUGCAUCAUUUGAAGUUCUCACCCUCUAUCGGGCUUUGCAUAACUGUGAAGUGGCUUUAUCUCCAUUACGAGAAGGGAAUCUCACAAAUGUUGCAGCACAAAAUGCCCAAACAGCACGUGUCACUCCUGCUGCACAAGAAUGCAUCGACAAGUUACGCAGUGAUUUUGAGUCCAAAAUGGCUGAUGACAUGCAUGUUGUUGAGAUAUUGAAUGGUGCUCUAAAGGAAUGCCUAAAAGUCAUUAACAGUUGUUUGGGCUCGCUAAAGAAAAAGCAAAAACAACCAUCACCCAUUCAAUCUCUUGUUGAAGUGGAGAAAGAAGUGAAGACGGUUUUGGAUGUUCUGGGAUUGUCGUCAUCUGCUACCUGUUAUGAGGUUCUGCAGCAGAUGAAGGAGAAGGCUCUCGUAAGAGCAGGGAUGAAAGAGGAAGAUGUGUUGCUUAUGAUCGAGGAAAGAACUAAGGCAAGGAAAGAGAAAGAUUUUGAGAGGAGUGAUCAGAUCAGAAAUCAGUUGUAUGCCAAGGGCAUUUGUCCUGAAGAUGAAGGUGGGGUAACAACAUGGUGGCCUAGUGUGCCUCGUGAAGAUCCAAAGCCUACUUGAGCUAAGACAGACAGACAGACCUGUUGACUAUGAAGAAUUUUGUUUUGGUAAAUUUAAGAAAGUGCCCACAAAUUUUAUGGGCUUCCCCUUGUUUUUUAACCCCCAAUCUUUUGUUGGUGAUCU